UUGAAGGACCGGUCUGAAGUGGGCUGAAGUCACGUACGCAACAAUCGUAUCGCGAGACGUGAGCCGUGGUAUAUAAACACCAAUCCAGCCCGUCAGCCUGUGCACUCUGUCUCCGGUGUCUGCUGGUAGUGUAUAAUCAAAGCUGAGACUGAAGAUGGCUGCAGGCAAAGCUCAAAUUGGAAAGCUGGCCCCAGACUUCACAGCCAAAGCGGUGAUGCCAGAUGGACAGUUCAAGGACCUGAAGCUGUCAAACUACAGAGGGAAAUAUGUUGUCUUUUUCUUCUAUCCCCUGGACUUCACCUUUGUGUGUCCAACUGAGAUCAUCGCUUUCAGUGACGCUGCUGAGGAAUUCAGGAAGAUUGGCUGUGAGGUCAUUGCGGCCUCCGUUGACUCACACUUCUCCCAUUUUGCUUGGACCAACACACCACGAAAGCAAGGUGGUCUGGGUGCCAUGAAGAUUCCCCUGGUAUCUGACACAUGCCGCACCAUCUCCACAGAUUAUGGCGUCCUAAAGGAGGACGAGGGUAUUGCCUACAGAGGUCUGUUCAUCAUUGACCCCAAGGGCAUCCUGAGACAAAUCACCAUCAAUGACCUCCCAGUUGGUCGCUCUGUUGAGGAGACCAUGCGUUUGGUCCAAGCCUUUCAGUUCACUGACAAGCAUGGAGAAGUGUGCCCAGCUGGCUGGAAACCAGGAAGUGACACCAUCAAACCUGACAUCCAGAAGAGCAAAGAGUUCUUCUCUAAGCAAUAAUAAGACCAAGGCCAGAGUCUGCUGCCUGCUGUAGGAGAUUUCAUGUAGAGAUUACAUUAUCAGAGAACAACGUUGAAGUCAGCCGCCGUGCCUGUGGUGGAAUGGUUAGACAGUUUUUGUAGUCAACAUGUUGUGUGUGUCCCCUUGUCAUUGGAGUGAAUAGUAAACUAAUGACCAAAGUAUGUAACUGUGUAAUUAUGUUGCAGUAAUGUAUAUUGUUUUCACUGCUGAACUGAACUAAAUGUCUGUUUGUCCUUUCAUGUCAUUCCUUACUAUUGUUGGAUACAGCAUUUUUAUUGGAAUGGAGCCAUGGUGAUGUUUUUUUGUUGUUGUUUGUUUUUUUUGUUUUAACCUCAUCAACCACAUGUUCUUUCAUCAAAAUAAAGAAUACAAGUUUA